UUCAAAAGAUUGUGCCGGUCCUUCUUGGGCGAGGCCCGGUGGCGCACUGAGGGUCAUGUUCCGAAGCUGGAGGAGUACCUGAGUCAUGCAAACAUCACCGGCGGCUAUUUCUUCCUCUGCCCGUCCGCGUACUUGGGCAUGGAACCAGAGCUGGCCACUCCAGAGGCCUUUGAGUGGGUAGCCGAUAUAACUAAUAAGAUGGUGAUGGCCUCCACUUCCAUCUGUAGGGUCCAAAACGACAUCAUGUCCUACCCGUUCGAGCAAAAGAGGUCGCACGUGGCGUCGGCGGUACAGUGCUUCAUGAAGGAGCACGGUGUCUCCGAGGAGGAGGCGACAAAGGCAAUGUGGGGCCGGAUUUCGGAUGCCUGGAAAGACAUGACUGAGGUGUAUUGCCAGAAGCCAACUCCAUUGCCCAGAGCUUUGCUGUUGCCGGUCAUCAACUUCGCGCGCACCAUCAGUGUCAUUUACUUGAAGGCCGAUGCCUACACUCACCCCCAGUUCCUGAGGGAACGCAUUGCCGACCUCUUCGUCAAUCCGGUGCCGCUUUGA